AAAGUGGCAAUCAAUCAAAUUCAACAGGUGACUACUCCCUUCCUCUGCCGGACAUCAUGCAGAGUGAGGCCUCCAACCCCUAUGUGUCCAUACGCCGCCACAAGAGCACCACAGAUCUGCCAUACAGCCCACAGCGUGGGUACUUGCGUGGACAGAGAACUAGUAUCUGCGCCCCCACCGAGGCCGAGCUGGCAAUGAUGAGGCGUUGCUCUUUACGUGAUCCGAACGUUCGUCCAUGUUGCCGACAUGCUCUUAGCGUUCCCAAUAUGACCAGUCCAAGCGCUAGCCCUCUGUACAGCACCCCAUCCCGCAGUGCUCACUGCACUCCUGUACGGGAAGUGGAGUGCAAUGCUAAAGCCCGCAAUAAGCUAAUUGAAAACGAGAGCGUGCAAACUCCCACAUGCCCACCAGAGAUUCGCCAGCAGCGUCGCUACGUCUCAAAAGAUGGGAAAUGCCGAGUAGACUUGGCACACAUGGCAGAAAAGGAGCGAUUUCUGGCAGACAUCUUCACUUCGUUUGUGGACCUCCAGUAUAGAUGGUUUCUGUUUGUAUUCAUGAUGUGCUACACGGUCACUUGGUUUAUAUUCGCAGGGCUUUAUUCGCUAAAUGCUUUUCUGCGUGGAGAUCUUGAACAUCCUGCGGACACUGAUGUUUGCUUCCAAAAUAUAGAUGGAUUUGUUUCAGCGUUGCUCUUUUCAGUGGAAACACAGAGGACUAUUGGUUAUGGCGCUCGUACAGUCUCACCACGCUGCUAUGAAGGUGUGUUUUUAGUCAUGGCACAAUGUAUUGUGGGAUCCAUGAUUGACGCUCUAAUGGUGGGCUGCAUGUUUGUUAAAAUCUCACGUCCUAAGAAGCGAGCCGAAACACUUCUUUUUAGUCGGACUUGUGUUGUGGCCAAUCGGGAUGACCGUCUCUGCCUUAUGUUUCGUCUUGGAGACUUGCGUGAGAGUCACAUGGUUGACGCCAAAGUACGUGCUAAACUCAUCAAGUCUCGGCAGACAUCGGAAGGGGAAUUUCUCCCACUGGAGCAAUCGGAGAUCGACCUGGGCUAUGAGAGCGGCUCUGACCGACUGUUUCUAGUGGAGCCGCAAGUGAUUCAACACAUCAUUGAUUCCAGCAGUCCUUUCUGGGAGCUCGGGCCAGAGAAGCUGCGGAAGCAACAGUUUGAAAUUAUUGUCAUCUUGGAGGGCAUAGUGGAAGCUACAGGUGGCAUUAUCUGCAUGUGUCUGUUGACCCAGUAA